AUGAAUAAUGAAAGAAUACAUAUUGAUUAUUUGUAUAAACCUCUUUAUGAAUACACUAAAUUUACAGAAUUAUAAAAUCAUUUAAGUUAUUUGAUUUCCAAAAGUAUUAUUUAUAUAUUGAUUAAUAGAAAUCUUAAAAUAGUUUUCACUUCCCAAUUCUAAUAUUAAUAUUGGACCUCCGAUUAAAUAUGAAAAAAUGAUAAAAUACAAUAAGUUUUAAAAAUUAUGUAAUUGA